AUGACUGGGAACCCGAGGUUGUCCGUUCCGAUUGCUCGCGACGGGAUUCUUCUCUUCAACAUCGAUCAAGAACUCGACGGCGACGACGACAUCAUGUUCUCCCAGAAGGUCGCUCAACAAUCUAUGCGGCGGCUUGCCGUCCAGCAGCCGCUCGCCAAGCAGUGGUCGAUGAUGCGCGCCUCCCCGGCCGCCGUUGCCCUUGGUCAGGGUUUCCAGAAGAGAGCCGUUACCUCUUCUCCGAACACUGAGGACCCCCAUCAGAUCCUGGUGAAGCAGCGUCUUAACCGCCCGGUCUCUCCUCACCUUGCCAUCUACCGCCCCCAGAUCGGCUGGAUUGGCUCCUCCCUGCACCGUAUCACCGGUGUCGCCCUCUCCGGCACCCUCUAUCUGUGGGCCACCGCUUACCUCGCAUCUCCCACCCUCGGAUGGCACCUGGAGUCCGCUUCCAUGGUUGCUGCCAUGGCUGCACUCCCCAUUGCCGCCAAGGUUGCGCUGAAGGCUACUCUGGCCCUGCCCUUUACCUAUCACUGCAUGAACGGCGUGCGCCACCUGACCUGGGAUCUGGGCCGUGGCCUGAGCAACUCCGCCAUCAUCAAGUCCGGCUGGACUGUGAUUGGCCUCAGCGUCACCAGCGCCCUCGCUCUUGCUUUCCUGUGA